UUGUUGUAAUUGUUUAUUUGCCAACUUCUCAAGUCCUGUAUGUACGUGUCGUUGACAACCUCCAUCCACUCCCGCGGAUCCAUCUCCGCACCUUCUCUCUUCUCUGCACAUGCCGCAGCUUACCUAGCCGGAUAAUACUACUUCUUCCGGACAAGGGAGCUCAGCAGCGGCCUGGAGAAGAUCCAGAUUGACCUCCAGACUCCAACCAAGUCUCCUGCAGCUUCUGUGUCUUUUUUAUUCGUCAUGAGGUGCUUCCACGGUUGAUUUGAGGCCAAGAGCAGGUUUGACACGGCUGCCACCAUAAGCAACUGAGGAUAAUGAGCUGGUGUUGCCUCCCAAGAGCCAAGAAACAACAGCACGACAACAACAAUCUCUACUCCCAUAGACAACGGGAGAAUCUUGUCGCCCAAAGCAGCAUAAGCGGCAUUUCAGCUGAGAAGAACAUAAGGCUAUUCUCUUAUGCUCAGCUGAAAUCAGCAACAGACAACUUCAACCGCAACAACAAAGUCGGACGAGGAGGCUUCGGGACAGUUUAUAAGGGAACCAUACCAAACAAGCAAGAUGUCGCGGUCAAAGUUCUCUCUGCUGAAUCCAGGCAGGGCAUCAGGGAAUUCUUGACAGAAAUCGACGUUAUUAGCAAUGUGAAGCAUCCUAACCUUGUGGAGUUGAUCGGUUGUUGCGUCGAAGAAGACAACCGCAUUUUGGUGUAUGAGUACCUAGAGAACAGCAGCCUUGACCGCGCGCUGUUGGGCUCUAACAGCGAUCCUGCUAAUUUUACAUGGAGCGUAAGAUCUUCCAUAUGCAUCGGUGUUGCCAGAGGUCUUGCAUACCUUCAUGAAGAGAUCCCAUCACCGAUCGUGCACAGAGAUAUCAAGGCUAGCAAUAUACUCAUCGACAAGAAUUACGUCCCCAAGAUCGGGGACUUCGGUCUGGCCAAACUAUUUCCAGACAAUAUCACCCACAUCAGCACCCGAGUAGCCGGAACAACAGGUUACCUUGCACCUGAAUAUGCAUGGCAUGGUCAGUUGACAAAGAAAGCAGAUAUAUACAGCUUCGGGGUCCUCGCAAUCGAGAUCGUCAGCGGCAAGAGUGGCUCGAGGAGCCUGCUGGCUGAUGAUAAGUUUCUUCUAGAGAAGACCUGGGAGCUGUAUGAAGCAGGGAGCCUCAAGGAACUGGUUGAUCCAGACCUUGGAGAUUACCCUGAUGAGGAGGCCAUCAGGUUCAUCAAGGUGGCCCUCUUCUGCACGCAGGCGGCGGCGGCGCGGCGGCCAUCGAUGCUGCAGGUGGUGAAGAUGCUGUCCAAGCCCAUCCGGAUCAACGAGAGCGAGCUGACGGCGCCGGGGUACAUCAGUGAGUACAAUAGCGGUGUCUCCAAGGCGACGGCCUCCAGCGACUCGAGGUUCAAGAACUCGACCACGGCGGACGAUUCCGACAUGUUCAGCACGGUCGUGCCGCAGACGGUGACCGACGUCAGCCCUAGGUGAAACAAGGCACCAGAGGAGGGUGCUCUGCUUUGUUUCUUUACUUCCAUUAUAUGUAGGGUUACAGAGGGCACAGUGUGUCUGCUCAUGAGUUUUGUCUUCUUAGUGAGGCAAGUUAGAAAUUGUAAAUGAUAUACUAGAUUAGUGAUUCAUGCCAGGGCAAUGUAAAAUUGCUGGAAAUAUGAUGGUAGAAUCAUGCCUGUCAUCACAUUCAGUUAACUUCUCAGCUUUUGGUUUAAGACCAUAGUGUAUUCACCCAUCCAAAAUGUCUGGAACCAGGAGAAAACAUUGAA